AUGUUGGUGGAGCAUACAACCUACCAUGGUAAGGUGAAUAACCCAAGCAAGGACUAUUCUUCGGUCCGAAGCCAAGGGGAGGAGGACCCUCAAUCUAGGCGAAGUACAUACAUGCGGGCGGGCCGAAGAGCUUCUCUGGUGAUUGCGAACUACAUACUACUACCCCAGCCCACCGGUGAUUCCCGAGCGACGAGCAUUAACCCGGUAGUUUCCGACCGUUGGGGGGAGUCGACACCCCUGAGAGAGUAG